AUGAAUCAAGCACCAACCACACCUACCACCAGUAUUAGUACUCCACCAAUGCAAAAUCAUGGAUUUGGUUUUGCUACACCUAUAAAUUUGACAAAUAUAAAUAACAUAAAUAAUCCUAAUAAUCCUAAUAUUCACAUACUUCCAGCCUCAAUACCAAUGCAACCACAACAACCUAAUCCUGCCAUACAUCGUAAUCAAAUCAUUCCUAUUACUAUAGGGGGAGGAGGGUUAGUUAACGUUAUUACAUAUAUUAUUUUCUUCAAACGUAAACGUAUCACUCAAGAUCAAUUAAUUGACCUUAUGUCCGUAUUUGAAAAAACUGACACUCCUAGUUAUGAUGUCCGUGAAAAAUUGGCCAAGAAAUUAAAAAUGACAAACAGAGAAGUUCAGGUGUGGUUCCAGAAUAGACGUGCAAAAGCUAAUCGUGCAAAAGCAAAUGAACAUAAUGCUUCUCAACAACAUCAUCGUUUCUUACAUCAUCAUUCGGUUACUGCUACUCAUCAUACUGCUAACGGUCAUCAUGAUGAGGAAGCAAUAGCGGGAGAAGAUGACGAUGAAGAAGAUUGA